CGACAGCUAAAGGCGAUCAGUAAACCAAACAACUGACUAUGGAACAGAGCAAUCUUUAUCUACACAAAUUUUAUACACAGCUGGGCCACUAUCCAGCACAUGGCAUCAGUGUGCAUCCAACUAAGCUGCCGGCAUUGCCUGGCAAUAAGCCGGAGCAAAUUGACGAGCUGGUCGCCGUGGAGCUGCAGCAUCUGAAGACCCACUAUGCCGACGAGGAGCAGCGCUAUGUGGACCAAAUGCUCAUAGAGAAUCCCAUUGUGGUUGAGCGGCGUGCGGCACCAACCAAAGCACAGAGCACAACACUGGCAGCCACGACACAGACCCGCAACCAGUGCCAGAUCCAGGCGCAGACCCAGACCGUGCCCAACAGUAGGGACGCACAGCGUCAGCGCGCCGAAUCCUGCCGCAAGUCGCGCUACAACAACAAGAUCAAGAAGGCGAAGCUGCGCUUCCGGCACAAGUUCGUCUGCAGCCAGCUGACGGAGAGCGCCGGCGCCCUGGACUACAUGCGCGAGGUGAUCGCCCAGGCGGAGGCGCAGCUAAUGGCUCGCGGCUUCAGUCAAGUUGCCCUGGAGCGUAUGCGUCAGAACUUCGGCGUGGACCGCUGUGGUGCAGCGAUAACGACAAUGGACCAUUGAAACCAGCCGCUGGCGUUCUACAUUACACUAAUUUUUUUAAGUUGUACAAAGAGUGAGCGAGAGCGCGAGAGAGAUAGUGAGCGAGAGGCAGAAAGAG